CAGGUGUGUAAUGGACCUGCGGCGUUUAAUCUGCUGCGCGGCGUUGUUUGUCUUACUGUCAGGUGUGUACGGAGGCUGCAGCAGAAAUCAGUGGCAGUGUGAUGAUGGAGUGUGUGUGUCGCACAGAUGGCGCUGUGACGGUGUCAGUGACUGCCAGGAUGGGUCCGAUGAGAUGGACUGUGUAUGUCAGCCUGGAGAUUUGCAGUGUGCGGAUGGCUCCGGGUGUGUGAUCGGGUCGGGUGUUUGUGACGGGCGUCCACAGUGUCCCGACGCUUCAGAUGAGUGGGACUGCAGCAGGCGUUUAGGGUGUCUGGCAGGUGACUGGAAGUGCAAGAACAACAUUUGCAUCCCACAAGAGCUUCUCUGCAAUGACGUCAAUGACUGCGGUGACAACUCUGAUGAAGAAACCUGUGCUUCCUGUGGGAAGAUGAACCUCCGCUGUCCUGAUGGCACGUGUCUAACCCCGAGACAGAGGUGUGACGGAGUUGCUCAGUGUUCAGAUAAGAGAGAUGAGCCUCUUACAUGUGGUAAAAGUUGUCUUAAUGGGAACGGUGGCUGUAGUCAUGCUUGCAUUGACCAGGUUUGGGGAGCUUUGUGCACUUGUCCCACUGGGAUGACCCUUUCUGCAAAUGGACUUGAUUGUGAAGAUGUCAAUGAGUGUGCCCAGUCUUUCGGACCUUGCAUGCACUUGUGCACAAACACACCCGGCUCUUUUCGGUGUCUGUGCCAGAAUGGUUUCAAAACUCUUGGGAACGGCUCUUGUGAACCUCAAGGAGCCAUGACGAAGAUCUUGACCUCCAGGAAGGGGUUGAUUGGGUUAGUGAAUGUGAAGACCAGAGUCUAUGAACCGCUCUUUGCAAUUGAGAGCGAACCUAUAGCCAUGACCUACGAUAUCCAGAGAAACUUCAUCUACUGGGCUGAUAAAGAUGGGAAUAUCUACCAGGCUUUGAACCGGAAGAGCACGAUUCUUUAUAAAGGGCAGUCUGGUUUGCACAGUCUAGCCGUCGACUGGUUUACUGGACAGCUGUACUGGACGAGUGUUACCCAGAAAGCCAUCCUCACCGGUGCAGCUGAUGGCAGUGCUGUAGGGACGGUCAUGUCCAAAGAAAUGGACCCGAGAGAGAUGGUCCUCAGCCCAACGGAGAGUUUCAUAUUUUGGAUUAAUAAAGGAGCGAAUGACGAGCUGACCAUCGAGAGGGCGGAGAUGGACGGUCUGAACCGGACUACACUGGUUUUCAUCACUGCACAGCUCCCGAGGAGUCUUACGAUGGAUGUGGCGGCGCGCCGGCUGUAUUGGAUCAGUGUUUACAAAGCGUCAAUUGAGAGCAUCAGGACAGACGGCACUGGACGGCACACCUUCUGGGAUUUCUUUCAAGGACGUCCUGCUCAGACCCUGGCUGUGUUUAACGGCUGGUUUUACUUGGCUGAUGAGAAAAAACUCUGGCAGGCUACUCAAAAUAGAUCUUCUGACACACUAAAUGGCUUCAUCUUAAAAGCCUCGCUUCCUGUCUUGAACAUCUACCAUGUGCUUCAGCAGCCCAGAGGUUUUGCUCCGUGUAAAGACUCGGGCUGCCAGCUGUGUUUGCCGUCCAAGAAAACUCCUGCUGGAUUCACCUGUCUGUGUCCUGAGGGAGCGCUGCCCAUGUCUUGGGGAGCUUGUGAAAAUUUUAAGGUCGCCUAUGCAACAGCCACAGCUGUAUACAGUUUGGAGUUUGCAGGAGAGACUCCUGUGAAAACUGAACUCUUUACUUCAGAUGAAGACAUCCAGUCGUUUGACAUGUACUGGAGGAGAGGAUGUGUGGUGUGGUCUAAUGGGACGGGCCACGUGAAGACUAACAUACAGUCCCAGGACUUGUCGGAGUACAUCCUGACUUUAAAACCUGCCUGCAUCGUCAGAGUUGACCAGAGGACUGGGAAUCUGUAUUGGCUGGCCUGUGAUGAACUUUCCAUUGGGGUUUCUACCAUUGGCCCCCUCGACCAGAGUAUCUCCAGACAGCUGUAUCAAACCAGAACCGCAAUCCUAGACCUCUUUGUGGACUGGCAGAGAGGAAAGCUGUACUGGCUGGAGGGAAAGCAGGUCAUGAGGAUGAAACUGGGUCUGAUUGGUGGAAAUGUCGAAACUGCCUUCAGCUUCGAGGAGGAUGGAGUCGACCGCGUUGUGUUUGAUCAUAAAGCGAAUGGCUUCCUUUGGAGCAUGGAGUCUUACUUGCAGGUUAUGAGUCUACUGAAGAUGAGAAGGUACUCUGCUGGUAAAGACUGGGUCGUUCCUGGCUCCAUCAUGGCUGCUUAUGAACCCUACACGGUGACCUUGUUCAAUAACAUCCUGACCGUGUGGAAUCGCAAAGAUCGAGCUCGCGUCUCUGGAGUGGCGGUAGAGAAUGGAGUUGUUAGCUUAUCUGUAGCCCUUAGGGAAGUCCAACAAGAUACAACAGCGGAAGAUGUGCGUCCUACCGAGGUGACUUGCAAAAGUCCCCUAGUCAUUUGUCAAGGUUCAGCUGUUUGUAUCAGCCGAUCUCAGCAGUGUGAUGGGAACAGAGACUGUCCGGAUGGAUCUGAUGAGGCCUCGUGUGUGCACAUGUGUGCAAAGCCAGGUGACUUCCUGUGUGCGGACAGGAGGAAGUGUGUGGCGAGGGAUCUGGUGUGUGACGGUCGCUCUCACUGCACUGACGGCUCAGAUGAGACGGGAUGUCCCACCACUGCUCCUGAAACCGUCUCCACAGCAUUAAAGUGUCGUGUGGGCUCUAAACCCUGUGAGGACGGCCGUGAGUGUGUGCUGUACAGUCAUGUGUGUGAUGGAGAGAUGGACUGUAAAGAUGGAUCAGAUGAACACGGCUGUGAAUAUCGGUGUAAAGCAGAUCAGUUCCAGUGCGCUCAUGGGAGGAUGUGUAUCGACAGAAAGCAGGUGUGUGACGGCACACCUCAGUGUCAGGAUCGCUCUGAUGAACUGGACUGUUUCAGUCGCUCACACGAAUGCAGACAUCAGUGUGAUAAUAAAACUCGCUGCAUCCCAGAGAGCUUCCUCUGUGAUGGAGAGAAAGACUGCGUGGACGCCACUGAUGAACACGACUGCUUGAAGACUAACAGAGGGGACGUAAAUGUGUUUCCAGUGAACAAAGCAAGCUCAGGUUUUGUGGCGUCUCUGCCUCCGGUCUGUACAGCUCCAUCUAUCAUGUGUCCAGGAGCGUCGUUGUGCAUUUCCCAGACUCAGCUGUGUGACGGGAGGAGAGACUGUCCUGAUGGAUCUGAUGAAGGCUCAUGCAUUGACACUUGUGUAAAACCUGGUGACUUCCUGUGUGCGGACAGGAGGAAGUGUGUGGCGAGGGAUCUGGUGUGUGACGGUCGCUCUCACUGCACUGACGGCUCAGAUGAGACGGGAUGUCCCACCACUGCUCCUGAAACCGUCUCCACAGCAUUAAAGUGUCGUGUGGGCUCUAAACCCUGUGAGGACGGCCGUGAGUGUGUGCUGUACAGUCAUGUGUGUGAUGGAGAGAUGGACUGUAAAGAUGGAUCAGAUGAACACGGCUGUGAAUAUCGGUGUAAAGCAGAUCAGUUCCAGUGCGCUCAUGGGAGGAUGUGUAUCGACAGAAAGCAGGUGUGUGACGGCACACCUCAGUGUCAGGAUCGCUCUGAUGAACUGGACUGUUUCAGUCGCUCACACGAAUGCAGACAUCAGUGUGAUAAUAAAACUCGCUGCAUCCCAGAGAGCUUCCUCUGUGACGGAGAGAAAGACUGCGUGGACGCCACUGACGAACACAACUGCUCUGAGAUUAAAAGAGGGGAUAUAAAUUUGGUGACACUGAAAGGCAAAAAGGAACAAAGUUUGCAACCUCCUCCUCCAGUCUGUAGAAGUCCAUCCAUGAUGUGUCCGGGAACAUCACUGUGCAUUUCCCACACUCGAUUGUGUGAUGGAAAGAUCGAUUGUCCGGAUGGUUCUGAUGAAGUUUCGUGUGUAGACACUUGUUCAAAACCUGGUGACUUCCUGUGUAAGGACCGAAGGAAGUGUGUUGAUGGGAAUCUGGUGUGUGACGGCCGCUCUCACUGCCUUGACGGCUCCGAUGAAUUAGCAUGUUACUUGGUGGCUAGAAGUUCAAAACCGGCACCAUUAAAGUGUCGUGUGGGCUCUAAACCCUGUGAGGACGGCCGUGAGUGUGUGCUGUACAGUCAUGUGUGUGAUGGAGAGAUGGACUGUAAAGAUGGAUCAGAUGAACACGGCUGUGAAUAUCGGUGUAAAGCAGAUCAGUUCCAGUGCGCUCAUGGGAGGAUGUGUAUCGACAGAAAGCAGGUGUGUGACGGCACACCUCAGUGUCAGGAUCGCUCUGAUGAACUGGACUGUUUCAGUCGCUCACACGAAUGCAGACAUCAGUGUGAUAAUAAAACUCGCUGCAUCCCAGAGAGCUUCCUCUGUGACGGAGAGAAAGACUGCGUGGAUGCCACUGAUGAACACAACUGCUCUGAGAUAAAAAGAGGGGAUAUAAAUUUGGUGACACUGAAAGGCAAAAAGGAACAAAGUUUGCAACCUCCUCCUCCAGUCUGUAGAAGUCCAUCCAUGAUGUGUCCGGGAACAUCACUGUGCAUUUCCCACACUCGAUUGUGUGAUGGAAAGAUCGAUUGUCCGGAUGGUUCUGAUGAAGUUUCGUGUGUAGACACUUGUUCAAAACCUGGUGACUUCCUGUGUAAGGACCGAAGGAAGUGUGUUGAUGGGAAUCUGGUGUGUGACGGCCGCUCUCACUGCCUUGACGGCUCUGAUGAAGUAGCAUGUUACUUGGUGGCUAGAAGUUCAAAACCGGCACCAUUAAAGUGUCGUGUGGGCUCUAAACCCUGUGAGGACGGCCGUGAGUGUGUGCUGCUCAGUCAUGUGUGUGAUGGAGAGAUGGACUGUAAAGAUGGAUCAGAUGAACGCGACUGUGGUCGUCAGUGCCAACCUGGGCAGUUCCAGUGCACUUCUAGUGGGAGGUGUAUUGAAAUGAAUCAGGUGUGUGAUGGCACUCCUCAGUGUCUGGAUAAGUCAGAUGAAGCCGGAUGCUGGAAACCCUCAAGGAGCUGCAGCAUGCGCUGUGACCGGGACACUCACUGUAUUCCUGAAGUCCUCAUCUGCAAUGGGAUCAGGGACUGUCUCGAUGGCACUGAUGAAGCAAACUGUGCUGUUUCCAGACCAGCUCAGACCAGCUGUGAGAGUCCCUCGGUCCUGUGUCCUGGGACGUCAGUGUGUGUGUCUCCGGCUCAGAUGUGUGACGGCACAAGAGACUGUCUCGAUGGAUCUGAUGAAGCUUCUUGUAUAGACGCAUGUGCUGCUCCUGGUGACUUUCUGUGUGAGGACAGGAGGAAGUGUAUUGAGGGAUCUCUAGUCUGUGACGGUCGUUCUCACUGCCUUGAUGGUUCUGAUGAGAUGGGAUGUUCUACCAUAGCAGAUAAAACCACCACCACUGCACCCUUCAAGUGUCGUGUGGGGACUAAACCCUGUGAGGACGGCCGUGAGUGUGUGCUGUACAGUCAUGUGUGUGAUGGAGAGAUGGACUGUAAGGACGGAUCUGAUGAAGAACAAUGUGAACUUCAGUGCAAUCCAGGGAUGUUUCAGUGUGUUCAGGGGAAGAAGUGUAUUGACUUCCGGCAGGUGUGUGAUGGGACUCCUCAGUGUCCUGAUCAUUCGGAUGAAGCGGGAUGCUGGAAGCCCACCAAGAGCUGCAGCAUCCGCUGCGAUGGGAACAGCCGCUGUAUCCCAGAGGUGUUCGUCUGUAACGGGAUGAGGGACUGCUGGGAUGGCUCAGAUGAGGCAGACUGUGCUAUGCCCACUCCACCAUCACCUUGUAAAAGCCCAUACGUGGCUUGUCAAGGGACAUCCCUGUGCAUCCUGCAGCGAUAUCUCUGCGAUGGGAGAAAAGACUGUCCUGAUGGCUCUGAUGAGAGACCGUGUCUUCGCAACUGCCCAUAUCGCAGUGAUUUCAUGUGUAAAGACAGGACGAAGUGUGUGGCGAGGGAUCUGGUGUGUGACGGUCGUUCUCACUGCCUUGACCGUUCGGAUGAGAUGGGAUGUCCCACUACAGCACCUAAAACAUCAACCACUGUGCUGUUAAAGUGUCGUGUGGGCUCUAAACCCUGUGAAGACGGCCGUGAGUGUGUGCUGUACAGUCAUGUGUGUGAUGGAGAGAUGGACUGUAAAGAUGGAUCAGACGAACGCGACUGCGAUUUUAAUUGUAAAGAAGGGGAAUUUCAGUGUGCCCAUGGGAGGAAAUGCAUAGACUCAAAACUAGUGUGCGAUGGCAAACCGCAGUGUCAGGAUUUUUCAGAUGAGAGGGACUGCUUCAUUCGCAGCAAGAGCUGCAGCCAUCGCUGUGAUAAUAAAACCCGCUGCAUCCCAGAAAACUUCCUGUGUGACGGAGAGAAAGACUGUGUGGACGGCACGGAUGAAUCUGACUGCGGGUACCCCACAAAGGUGGUGAAGUGUGAGAGUCCUGCGGUGUUGUGUCGUGACGGGUCGCUGUGCAUCCCUCACACCAGUCUCUGUGAUGGGAAGAGAGACUGUCCUGAUGGAUAUGAUGAAACCUUUUGCUUUGACCAUUGUCCAAAUGUGACUUCCUGUGUGCGGACAGGAGGAAGUGUGUGGCGAGGGAUCUGGUGUGUGACGGUCGCUCUCACUGCACUGACGGCUCAGAUGAGACGGGAUGUCCCACCACUGCUCCUGAAACCGUCUCCACAGCAUUAA